AGAUCAAUUGUUUGAGUUGAUCACUUGUAUUCUCGAGCUCUCGCUAUGGAAGCCGAUGAUUUGCAGACGUUGCUGGGAGCCCUCAGUUCGCUAGGCGGCGAUCCCGGAGAUCAUUUACCAAUGACUUGCCGCACAUGUGGGGAACGUUGUGCGGAUCGAGCCGAGUCCUGGAUACACACACAUCACACUGGGCAUCAGCAGUUUCGAUCUGUGCUGUCGGAGCUGUCGGAUUUGUCGGAGUCGUCGGGCAGGACGAAGCAUUGCUCUCAUUGCAGAGGUCUUGCGGCAAGAUGUGGUUGCAGAGAGGGUUGCCCCAAACCCCCAGGGGCGGAAUGUGAAUCCAGAACCUUGCCUUCUGCUCACUGUGAGCAUUGCCGCGGCAGAAGGGGUCGCUGUGCCUGUGAUCGCUGCCCACGUCGCCCUGAGUCAGAGUGUCUUCAGGUACCAGCGCCAGCCGAGCAUCACCACACAUUCAGAGGCAACGAGUGCGGAGUGUGCCGAGAAUGCGGCAAGUGCACCUAUCGAGUGACAGGACGAAGUCAGUGCGUGAAUGAUCGUGGGAGGGUCCGCCCAGUGGAUGAACGUCCACGGAUAUGUGGAUGCGGAAGUGGCCCAUCUGUUUGCUCCGAUUGUGGGGUCGGCCCGUGCUGCCGUCAUGCGCAGUGCCGGGUGGCCGCUGGGUCCAAGGCUUCGCCAACGCAGCCAAAACGUGCUCCUGUGGCAUUUCCUGGGCAAGGGCAGGUGCUUGGAGGGGCUCCAAGGCGCUCGAGCAACGCCCGGAGCAACACGCGCAAUGAGGAUUCAGACGCGGACCUGGCUGCAGCGAUAGCCCAAUCGAUGGAAUCCUCUAAAGCAACUCCGCCAGUGCCGAGUGAUGAGAGGGAGUCCGACGACUUACAACUGGCCAUUGCCUUGUCACUCUCCGAGAGCCAGACAAGCUUGGCCCGAGUGCGGCGCCGCCAGCGCCGCCGGCGCCGCCAGCGCCGCCAGCGGCAGCGGUAGCUGCCGUGAAGCCUUCUGCUCCAAGGCCCGCGGCGACGCCAGCGGUUCCAAGGCCCACGCUCCGCGCAGGGGCGCCGUGCGACAUAGCCUUUGAGUACAUCAGGGCAUGCACCGACCACUUUUCUGCGGAUCGGGUUCUUGGAUUUGGCAGCUAUGGGAGAGUCUACCAUGGCACCGACACAGCGGCGCAGCCCCCCAUCGAGUUUGCCGCCAAGCGCUUGGAGUGUGAGGAGCCUGAGAGGCGACAGAUGCUGGAGAGAAUGACUGAGGCAGAGAUUAAGGUCCUUACAGCGUUUGCUCAUCCAAACAUCAUUGAGCUCUUGGGCCAUUGCAUGCAUCCCGAUGGGGCUAUUUUGGUCUAUGAGUUCCUUCCUGAAGGAAGCCUAGACCAGCAUUUGUCGUCACAGGACAAGGCUGUUCGACUUACCUGGGGCAGACGUAGCACCAUUGUGGUCGGUCUAGUUGCAGCCGUUAGCUACUUGCACAACCACAACCCACAAGGGCCGUGCUAUCAUCGGGACAUUAAGCCGGGGAACAUCAUGUUGACUGCAUCCCUAUCCCCGAAGCUCAGUGAUUGCGGGUUGUCUCGCAAUUUGCCGACAGAUCGUCCUGGACGUGCCCGAAUGACAAUGCAAGUGACCGGUGCGGCUAUUGAGGGCACGCCCGGGUUCAUGUGCAAAAGGUACAUCGACACCGGCAAUUUCAACGCGAAGUCUGAGGUGUACUCCAUCGGAGUUACCAUCCUGCAGCUGGUGACAGGCGUGCAAGACAUUGACCAGCAUGCGGAUAUCAUCGACAACGCCGACACGGCGGAGAUUGCCGAGCACUGCGACACGCGGCCUCCGUGCAGUGGCACAGACCGAGAGGCCAUGCAGAAGCUGGCGGCGAUGGCUGCUGCGGGCAUUCAGCGCUUUGCGCAACGGAUCACCGUGCUGCCGCUGCUGAGGCAGGCCAGAGAGGCUGCUGCAAGCGCGCCUGCGGAGGAGGUGUCAGCUUUGAGGGCAGAGCUGGAGCGCAUGAACGCCGAGCUACGUGGGCUCCGGCUGCAAGAGCAAGCGGCACGGGCACAGAUGCAGCAGGAGGAAAAGCCGUGCGAGCUUUGCUUCGAUGCAAUUCCUGGUGGCGAGCCGAACAACCUCAUGUGUCCUCAGGAGCAUCUGAUUUGUGCAGGUUGCACAGGGGAUAUGGUGCGCAGCUUCCUGGAGCGGCUGGGCGCCAGCGACACGAUGCUUGAAGAGCAUCGAGACAGGGGAGGCACCAUCCCCUGCGUCCGGCACAACCCCAUGUUCCAGCCGCAGUGCAGUGCGUAUUACUCCGAGCAGGCGCUGGCUCGCGCCCUGCCUGGUGAGGUUUUUGUGGCCUACCGCGCUUCUCAAAAUGAUGCCACGGAAAAUCGCAUUUGGAACGAGCACAACCAGCGCUUCCAGGCGGAGGUACAGCGUAUCCAAGCCGAGCACGAGCAAGCCCACCGGUCGCAGAGGGAGGUCCAGGAGUCUGCGGAGUUCUUGCGAAGGCGAUAUCCCAAUGCAAAGAUGUGCCCGCAGUGCCGCUGUGGGCCCGUGAUCAAUGAGAAUUGCUUUGACUUGCAGGCUCAUCAUAAUGACCGCUCUGGGCGCAGCCGCAUCAACAACGCAUGCAAUGGGUGUGGUUUCUUCACUCGCGACUGGAAUCAGUGGAUGCCUUGGGAUGGUGUUCUUCGCGCUGGGAGUUGAGCAACGCUGUUUGGCCACAUGCACCUUUGUUUGCUAGGGCAGGGCAUGGCAGACGAUUCCUUCACUUACAGAUGUAUUUUUGGGCUCGGAAUGCUUGCGGCUCUCACUUCCGCAAAACUUGCAAGGCUUGCAAGGAGUGCACGGCUUGAGUUUCGUGAAGAGCAUUUCUGAGUUCCCGACUCGAGAGCAGGUUUAAAACCUGCACUUUUUUGGAGUGGCGCCUUGAAAAGCGACCCGAAGGCUCACCAGAUACAGGUAUUUCUUUCUCAGUGAAGCCCUCUCAAAUUCUCCUUUGGAAUGACUCCUUGAUAGGUGUUUUGUGGUGUGGCAGACUGGCGCAGCUUCAAGUAGCUGAGAGGUGCGCUGCACGAAGGAUGCAGCUGCACCCUGGCGUGCCGCGCCGUUCGGUCCUUGCGUCUUCUUUGCCUCUGUUCGACAGGCAAAUGAGCACCUCAGAAACAUCGCUGCUG